CUUCGGUUUAUAAAUAGGUGCCCCAAGUUAGCAACUUUUCUCAACUGCAGCCAACCGCUCCGCGUACAAGAGCGAGCAAGCCAUGGGAUCCGGCUGCCACGCCACGGACGAGGCGCCAAACGGUUCCAAGGCGGUGACCCUCCUGCUCCGCCUGUCGACGAUGGCGCUGGCGCUCACCUCGGCGGUGGUCAUGGCCACGGCCAGCGAGUGCACCAUCUACGAGUCCCGCGGCGCCAGGGUCACGGUCACCUUCAAACACUACCCACCCUUCGUUUACCUGGUAUGUUUCAACAUCGCGGCGACGAUCCUGGAGGCAGCCGGGAUCUACCUGCAGGUCGGCAAGGGCGGCGAUGACGACGAGGAGGAGGCGCCCAAGGCUGCGCGGGUCCUCCUGGUCUUCGUCGACGUCGCUGUCCCGGCGCUGCUCAACCUUGCCACGGGCGCGGCAUUCUCGGCGGUCGUCGCCUACGGUCCGCAGAUCAGCGCCUGCACCAGCGCCGCCGGCCGGUUCUGCGAGCAGGUGAACAGGUCGAAGAUCUUAUCGCUCGCCGCCGGCAUCUCCGCCGUUUCCGCCGCGUUCUUCAAGGAUGUCCAGCUGCCGUUCUCCGUGUGGCCCGUCUCGUCAGACGACUACUGCUGAUACUUGUGGGUAUGUAGUGGUGGAUGACAUUUUCCAAGGGGUCGUUGCAUGUCUCCAUUAGUACAUCCAGUUGUUCCUCUCCCACUUGUGGCAUCGAUGAUAUAGGACACCGAAUUAGUGGUCCUCGAGCAACAUGUAUAUGUGGCACCAAAGUAAGCCAAUGCAAAGCUCCAAACAAAGUUUUUGUGUGUAUG